CAUCCCCUUCAUCAAUCCUUCUCUCUCUUGAGCAAUAACACCAUCUUCACAAUAAAUGCAAUUGCACCCUCUCAAUACGCUCUGCAAUAACUGCACUCCUCCCACAUCCUCUUCACCCGUUCCCCCCUUCCUUGUUCCUCACCCUUUCCUCUUCCCUUUCCCUGCAACCCUUUUCAGCUUCCAUGGCAUCCUCUUUUUCUCUGUAUCGACUUCAUCUUCUCUCACCUCUGCAUGCACUCACGUAGAUCUUAGCUCUUCUAUCCAUUCCUCCUUUUUUUUCUCAGCUUUCUGGUGAUAUAUUGCUCUUUUAACUUUCUUCUCUCUAACUGAGCUCUGAAGAAAUGGAGAAACCAAAGAGAGGUUGCAGUGAACGGAAUCCCAUGAGUGGGAGAAUAAAUUAGGGUUUGUUGGAGCAAAAUAUGCUUGCCGGCGUCAUGAUUCCGGCAAGACAGGUACCUUCGAUGAUCGGCAGGAACUCUUCAGCGUUGACCUUAGCUCAGAUCAAUAUCUUGGAAGGCCAACAACUCCCUCUUCAGCACCAACUCGCCGAACUGACGGCACAAGCGACGACGACGGCGGAGAGUGAAAUGAUGAGGGCUCGAGAAGACGACUUCGAGAGCAAGUCCGGCAGCGAUAACAUCGAGGGCGGUUCCGGCGAUGAACACGAUCCCAAUCAGCGACCGAGGAAGAAGAGAUACCACAGGCACACUCAGCACCAAAUUCAGGAAAUGGAAGCUUUUUUUAAGGAAUGCCCGCAUCCGGACGACAAGCAGAGAAAGGCGCUCAGUAAGGAGCUGGGAUUGGAGCCACUACAAGUGAAGUUUUGGUUUCAGAACAAGCGCACGCAAAUGAAGACACAGCAUGACAGACAAGAGAAUUCACAGCUUAGGGCAGAGAACGAUAAGCUGCGGAAUGAAAACCUGCGGUAUAAGGAAGCACUGAGCAAUGCCUCAUGCCCUAACUGCGGCGGCCCAGCUACACUUGGGGAGAUGUCUUUUGACGAGCACCACCUCAGGAUUGAGAACGCCAGGCUGAGAGAAGAGAUAGACAGGAUCUCCGGCAUUGCUGCAAAAUACGUAGGCAAGCCAAUGAACUCAUACCCUCUCCUCUCCCCCACUCUCCCAUCCCGCUCAUCACUGGACCUCGGCGUCGGCGGAUUCGGCCUUCACUCUCCCACAAUGGGCGGCGACAUGUUUUCCCCCGCCGAGCUACUGAGGUCCGUCGCCGGCCAACCGGAGGUCGACGCCGAAAAGCCAAUGGUUAUCGAACUGGCGGUUGCAGCCAUGGAAGAGCUGAUCAGGAUGGCUCAGCUGGGGGAACCGCUGUGGACUAGCAGUCCUGGUUUGGAUGGAGGUAAUGAGAUUCUGAAUGAAGAGGAGUAUGUGCAGAAUUUUCCGAGAGGGAUUGGGCCGAAGCCGUUCGGAUUGAAGUCGGAGGCGUCGAGGGAGACGGCCGUGGUGAUCAUGAGUCAUGUUAAUUUGGUUGAGAUUCUCAUGGAUGCGAAUCAAUGGUCGACAAUGUUCUCCGGCAUUGUAUCAAGGGGUAUGACUCUUGAGGUACUAUCAACUGGUGUGGCUGGAAACUACAAUGGUGCACUGCAAGUGAUGACAGCUGAAUUCCAAGUUCCAUCUCCUCUCGUUCCAACUCGCGAAAGCUACUUCGUUAGAUACUGCAAACAACAUCCUGACGGAACUUGGGCGGUGGUCGACGUCUCCUUGGACAGUCUUCGCCCGAGCAGUCUUAUGAUGAGAUGCCGAAGAAGGCCUUCAGGAUGUUUGAUACAAGAAAUGCCAAAUGGCUACUCUAAGGUGAUUUGGGUAGAACAUUUUGAAGUUGAUGAUAGGUCUGUUCAUAGUAUCUACAAGCCAUUGGUGAACUCAGGCAUUGCAUUUGGGGCCAAAAGGUGGGUUUCUACUUUGGAUCGACAGUGCGAACGCCUUGCAAGUGUCAUGGCUAGUAGCAUUCCAUCGGGAGAAAUUGGAGUGAUAACAACAUCGGAGGGGAGAAAGAGCAUGCUGAAGCUGGCAGAGAGAAUGGUGCUUAGCUUUUGUGGAGGGGUGAGUGCUUCAACCACUCAUCAAUGGACGACGUUAUCUGGAAGCGGCGCUGAAGAUGUGAGGGUGAUGACCAGAAAAAGUGUAGACGAUCCGGGCAGGCCCCCUGGUAUUGUUCUGAAUGCUGCAACUUCAUUCUGGCUUCCUGUGUCUCCAAAAAGGGUUUUUGAUUUCCUCCGAGAUGAGAGUUCUCGUAGCGAGUGGGAUAUCCUCUCGAACGGCGGAGUAGUUCAGGAAAUGGCUCAUAUCGCCAAUGGUCGAGAUCAUGGCAACUGUGUUUCUCUUCUCCGUGUCAAUAGCACAAAUUCAAACCAAAGCAACAUGCUGAUACUCCAAGAGAGCUGCACUGAUCCAACAGGCUCUUAUGUGAUAUAUGCUCCGGUGGAUGUGGUUGCCAUGAAUGUGGUUCUCAAUGGCGGAGAUCCCGACUAUGUGGCUCUCUUGCCUUCAGGUUUCGCCAUCCUUCCUGAUGGCUCAAAUGGGGUUCAUGGUGGUGGAAGUGGAAUCGGUGAGGUUGGAUCUGGUGGUGGUUCUCUGCUUACAGUUGCAUUCCAGAUAUUGGUUGAUUCAAUACCAACAGCAAAGCUGUCACUUGGUUCUGUUGCGACGGUUAACAGCCUAAUUGCUUGCACUGUGGAAAGGAUCAAGGCUGCAGUAACGGGGAGAGUCCCCAAUGAGCCUAAGGGCUCCUAGAAAUCAAUGGCAUUGAAGAGGACUAAGCUUCAGAGGGAGCAAAGGGAUCAAUUACUGGACGUCGGAAGUAGUCAAGAACGCACCUCAGACAAUCCUUGCCACGUGGCGUGUUUCUGUAGUUCUUAAAAUAGAGCUUAAAUGUAGAGCACUCCACCAUGCAAGGGUGUUGGUUCGGGUAUUGACUCCCCCUUUCUAUUUGUUAUUCCCCUCCCUCUCUCUUUGUACUUCUGCAGACAAGAAGAAAAAAAACUUGUUUUAGCUUCUACUAGUAGCUCUCUUUCUCUCCCUAGGAUUCCCUCUCUCUCUCUCUCUCUCUACUAGAUUGAUCACCAACAUAUAUAAACUUCAUCAAAUUUGUGCAUUAUCAUCCCAUGUUGAAGUAUUUUGUGAGGGAUUUCAU